GUGGGAACAUUUCCUGGGCCUGCGUGGCAGUGAAACACCCACUGGCAAGUGUGCAAGAGGAAGCUUCUGCCCACAGCCCGGGAGCAGCUCAGUGCGGCCCCCAGGCCCUCCCGUCCACACACACGGCAGCCUGUGCGGCCCCGCUCCAGCCCGGGUGCACCUCCCGCCACCUGGACCCAGAUGGACAAGCUCCUGCUGCUGCUGCUCCUGCUGGGAGUCUUCCCUGCUGUGUUCUUCCAGGGACUGGCCCCACCCACAGUGUGCAUGGUCUGCAGCAAUUUUAAGAGAGGUCAUUGUUUGAGGGGGAAGAGCAACUGCACCAUGGAGCAGGGCCCUGGAUGCAGAACCAGAGAUUUCUUCAUUUUCACCGAGAGAGAUGGGUGGAGACUCAACCACACUGAACUGGACUGCUGGGACUACUGUUUGCCUUCACACUGGUAUUAUCAGACCCUGAAGAUUUCUGUCUUUUGUUGUAAAGGUCGAGAUUUCUGCAACAGAUAUCAAGGGAAAGGACAGGGAUAGAAACAACCGACUCCUUUGUCAGGGUGGCGUCCCCUCGCCCUCUCCUGUCCCUGGCACCUCUGCUCCUGUCUCCCUCCCCGUGUGCACCUCAGGGGCAUGCCCCGCCCAGCUCUGUCCUCCACACCAGCCCCCCUCGCCUUUCUCCUGGCCACUGGCUCCUUCCCAGGGGACACUGGACACUCUCGGCUCCCCCUGCUUCCAGGUCCCUGCAUCCUGCACACCUGCAAACCUCCCUCAGCCCUCCUCACCCUGCACUCCCUGCUCUCUCACAGCCCUCGCAUUUCUCUGGCUGCCUGGCUGCCUCACUUCUAAUCCUGCCCACUCAGGAGGGACUGGGAUGUGCCCGGAAAUGGGAUGGGCUCCAUUCCACACGUCAGGAGCGUGAGGGGUCAGUGGAAAACUCAGGAAAAUGUGUGCAACUGGCAGAUGGGCAGAGCGGCCUCAAAGUGCAAGGAGGCUCCAAGGCCUGAGGCAAAGAGAUGGGAUGUCGGCCUCAGAUGCUGCAUCCAAACUCAGGGUGUGCGGACGGUCAGGAGACUCAGGGGGGUUGUCCAA